AUGCUGGUGACCUAUUUGGAAGCCAGCCGGGACCUUUGCGAGAUGGACUCAAUUCUUUUUGGCGCCGCGCUGGCAGUCUGCCGUAUCAUAGGCGCCAAGGUUUCCACGGCUGGACGUGCUACUGGCCAUAGUAGCGCUAUCCCAGCAUGGAGAAGAAGAAUUGAGGAACGUAUCGCAAAGGCUAGAGCUCUCAUCGGCAGACUGAUAUGCUUCAGAUCAGGCAACAACAGGCCAAGAAUUGUGCGCACCGUCAGGAUGGCGUUUGCUGGGACGCCAUCCUGA